AUGUCGCUCAAAUCCAUUCUGGUGCUCAUUCUUUUCGCUUUUGCAAGAACGGAAGCUGGACAAUGCCCAGCGUUGACGGGAGAAAAUUUGCCUUGUGUGAGUCAUGUAAUGAUCGCAAUUGAUGCCUCUAACUAUAUGAUCGAUCAAAGUUUGGCAUUAAGGACGAUCGAUUUUGUCUCUAACACCUUAAUGCCGAAAUGGAGUUCGAUGAAGAAAACAAUCACCACCGACAUCUACAAUUGCGCGGCACCAGACGAAACGAAAGCCUACGACUUUGUCAUUCUCUUCACUGCUAACAAUAAUCAAAGUGAUAUCACAAAAUCUUCAUGGUUCUCAAAGCAACAGCCGACUUUAGUCGUGAAUCUCGGUAAAGGAGACUAUAGCUCAUGGGUUUCCGAGGGUGGGGCAACAAUUCUUUGCAAUUCACUCGAUUAUGAUGACACGCAAGCAGAUCGAAUCAUUGAUUCCGCUUGUGGGAGGAUUACAGGAGAAGAUCAGUGCCACGGUGGCACGAAACUCAUUCCCUCGUCGACUCAAGUACCCGAUGAUCAAUCGUCAAUUUGCGAUUGUGAUAUCACGAAAUCGUGGAAUGACAUUAUGAUUGUAAUCGAUUCAUCGUCAGCAAUGGGAAACGAGAGUUUUAAUCAGUUGCGAGAGUUCAUUUUGAGAGCGAUGAGUGAAAUCACGAUCAGUAAAAGUGAGCCAUACUCGACAAGAGUUGGAGUGGUCUCCUAUGCGGAUUCGAGCUAUGGAGAUAUCCACGGAAUGGGCACCGAAGUGCUCAAACAAAUGGCUUCCGAUGGAUUUUACAUUGAUGCAACUCCAGGGCAAUUCCCUGACUUCAAACAACUCACCAAGAUGAUUUGUGAUGCUAAUUGCUUCUGCCCUGGCCAACAACAAGACGGAUAUUUCCCGGUCGUGAGAGACGGCGAAUCGUGGCCGUCACAGGGAUGUUAUUGGGACUCAAGCCUCACCUCCAUUCAACCGCUCGUCAAUCGCACCUGUUCGACGCUCGUUUCAGCCGCUGGUGUCACGGCCAUGCCAAACACGAUCAUAAAACAGAGGUCACUCAUUGGCGGAGCUGCUCAAAAUCUAACAAAGCCUGCUUUCUUUAUUGGUCUUCAACGAGUAGCAAAUGUUUGGAAAUGGGAUGAUGGGACGGCUUAUGAAGGUGGCGAUAUUUAUGGAGCUGGUGACUGCUCUACGCUCAGACAGGGAUCUGGCUUCAACACGAAUAUCACCGCUGUGGAUUGUCACGAGGGAUACUAUUACGCUUGUCAAACGAAACCCUGCACCUCCAGCUACUAUUGUGAA